UCGCCGCUAUCAUCAUUUGCAGUUUAUAGAUCUGUCUUCUGUUUGGGGUGCCUGCUCUAGUAGUUGGGACACUAUAUCGCUGGAGAACCAUUCAUUUUAAACGGGUGACAAAAUAUUGCUUAAAUUUCAUUCAACGAUGCCCUUUGGCUCUUUUGAAAAUUUGAAGGGGAAAAUUCUCCAACCUACCAAAGAUGUGGCGCAUGCGGCAAAGACGUCUAUUGGAAGACUGGUAACUAAGCAACAAGAUGAGAAGUCCUUGGUCAAGUACGAUGAGCUGGACGAAGUGUACUCGGAAGAGGAAACACCCGAGAAGGUCAAGGCCGGGUUGCCACCGUGCACGUGCUGCAAGUGUAACCCGGCGAAGCGUUACCAGAUCGCGAUACUCAGCGGCGUCGGCUUUCUGUUGUCGUUCGGAAUUCGGUGCAAUAUGGGAGUGGCCAUCUUGAAAAUGACUAAAAACGAAAGUAUGGCCGUGGAUUUAAACGGAGAUGGGAUUAUUAGCGAUAACGAUUCUAUAUCGGAACCAGAGUUUAGCUGGACGCCGGAGACUGUAGGAGUCGUUGAUAGCUCGUUUUUCUGGGGGUACAUCAUCACGCAAAUACCGGGGGGAUUCUUGGCGUCAAAAGUGCCCGCCAAUAGAUUAUUCGGUCUUGCAAUAGGGAUAUCAGCAUUUCUCAACCUGUUCCUGCCAGGGGCGGCACAGGUCCACUACGGCCUCGUUAUAUCUGUCCGAAUUCUUCAGGGUCUUGUCGAGGGAGUGACAUAUCCUGCCUGCCAUGGAAUAUGGCGACAUUGGGCACCGCCCCUUGAAAGGUCCAAGUUAGCAACUAUGUCUUUUUGUGGUUCGUACGCCGGGGCCGUAUUGGGCAUGCCGCUGUCCGGGGUCCUCACUGACUUUCUGGGCUGGCAGUCAGGGUUCUACGUGUUUGGCUGCCUGGGUGUCAUUUGGUCGAUCGUGUGGUGGUUCUUCUCGCACGAGCGACCCGGAACCCACCCGACUAUAUCCGAUGCAGAAAGAAUAUACAUCGAAACAUCUAUAGGAGAGAAUACGUCACUGGUGGACAAGAAAUUCCACGUGCCAUGGUUACAGUUCUUCACCUCCAUGCCGGUUUACGCUAUCAUGGUGGCUAACUUCUGUCGGAGUUGGACGUUCUACCUUCUCAUUAUUAGCCAGCCCACCUACUUCCUCAAGGUGUUCGGCUUCGAAGUAUCAAAAAGUGGAGUCCUCUCUGCGCUUCCGCAUUUGGUAAUGGCCAUCAUCGUACCAUUUGGGGGACAGCUCGCCGACUUCCUGCGUCGACGAAUACUCACGACGACCGUCGUCCGGAAAAUAUUCAACUGCGGAGGUUUUGGAAUGGAGGCCUUGUUUCUGCUUGGAGUCGGUUUCACCCGCGAUACAGCAACGUCGAUCGUAUGUCUGACGCUUGCCGUGGGCUUCAGCGGCUUCGCUAUAUCAGUUGUAGUGGUGAUGGAAAGACUAGAACACAGACGGUGUUGUUUUCAACGAAUAAUGCGUCGAUUGAUUGCCGAGCGAGGAAUGUUGUUCCUGAGAGGACUAGGCAAUGACCACCUGUCACCAGCGACUUAG